UAGGUGUGGUUUAUGGUUAUCAUCAUCUCCCUCAUCCAGAGAGGGCCAUACUCCCCAUUACUUAAAUGCACGUGGGGUCAGAAUAAACAUUGGGAAAUCCAGAAAAUGGAUGCUUUUGGAAACUGACAGAAAGGACGCACACUCUCUGACAGAGGCAGUCUGUUUGCAUCUGCUGCAACUUAAUUGCAGAUUGGGUUGUCUUAAACUGUAAAUGGCAACCUCCAACUCUAAAUACAAUGCCAUUGUCGUUGUAGACUCAGCUUCAGCUGAGACUGAGAGUCUCCCUUAUACACCCCUUCUCACAGCAGAGCAGCAAGAACAAGACACUGUCCCUGGCGCCGUUGAUUACAAGCACCGUCCCGCCAUCAGAUCCAAGCAUGGCCGCUGGAUUUCUGCUUCUUUCUUCAUCUGGGUGGAGAUGGCAGAGAGGAUGGCAUAUUUUGGGAUAUCAGGAAACUUGAUAAGCUAUUUAACGGGGGAAUUAGGACAGCCAACGGCAAUGGCAGCUUCGAAUAUCAAUGCUUGGAGUGGGGUGUCUAAAUUGCUACCUAUUUUAGGGGCUGUUAUUGCUGAUUCUUUUAUGGGCAAGUAUUAUACCAUUGUUGCUUCUUCCUGCAUUUACAUCUUGGGGCUGGGUCUGAUGGCUUUAUCAGCAAUGUUGUCAUCCCUUAGCUGUCUCAACAAUUCACAGAUAAUAAUAUUCUUUGUUGGGCUUUAUCUGGUAGCAAUUGGACAAGGUGGGCACAAGCCUUGUCUUCAGGCUUUUGGGGCGGAUCAGUUUGAUGAAGAAGAUCCAACGGAGCGUAAAGCCAAAAGUUCUUUCUUUAACUGGUGGUAUUUCGGUGUCUGUUUGGGUGGUUUGUUGGGUAUUGGAGUCUUGAGUUAUGUACAGGACAACCUUAGUUGGGCUCUCGGAUUUGGAAUUCCAUGCAUUCUCUUGGUAAUAGCCCUGGUCAUACUUUUGUUAGGAACUAUGACUUAUCGAUACCCUGUGAAACUUGAAGGGGAAAGUCCGUUUACAAGGAUUGGAAGAGUGUUUGUAGCAGCGGCAAAUAAUUGGAAUGCUAAACUUCCUGUGGAUGGUGAUGGUGAUGGUGAUGCAAAACCCCAUGAUGGAUCUGUACAGUUGACAUUUCUGAACAAAGCUUUAAUUGCACCUGACACCGUAAAGAGAUGUGUAAAAGCUUGCAGCAAGAGUGAGGUUGAAGAGGCAAAGGCAGUGCUUAAGCUGUUUCCUACAUGGGCCACAAAUUUGGUAUUUGCAAUUGUUUACUCACAAACCACAACUUUCUUCCUCAAACAAGGCAUUACGUUGGAUAGAUCAAUCACGUCUAAUUUUGCUAUACCAGCUGCAGCAAUGAUGUCUUUUUCUGGCAUCUGCAUUAUUGUGUUUCUCCCGAUAUAUGACCGUGUUCUUGUGCCAAUUGCAAGAAAAUCAACUGGAAAGCCUGCUGGGAUAUCAAUGCUUCAGAGGAUUGGAAUCGGGCAGUUCAUUUCCAUAAUUGCUAUGGUAAUUGCCGCUGUCAUAGAGAAAAGAAGGCUUGAAACUGCUUCUGAACACGGGCUAAUGGAUUUGCCUAAUGUGACGAUCCCAAUGAGUAUUUGGUGGCUUCUUCCACAAUAUGCCUUGAUGGGAAUAUCAGAGGCAUUCACCAUGGUUGGCCUGCAAGAAUAUUUUUAUGACCAGGUUCCCAAUGAGUUGCGUAGUGUGGGAUUGUCUCUGUAUCUGAGUAUAUUAGGGUUAGGAGGUCUGUUAAGCAGCUUUCUUGUUUCAUUGAUCAACAAAGUAACCAGAUUUAGAGGUGGUGGAGAGAGUUGGUUUUCUAAUAACUUGAAUCAUGCACAUCUUGAUUACUUCUAUUGGCUGCUUGCUGCUCUUAGUGUCUUACAGUUGGCUUUCUUUGUGUAUUUUGCAAAGUCAUACAUAUACAACAAAAACAAGGCUUCUUCUUAGAAGUUGAUAUAAUGCGUCUUUAUGUUGUACGGAAAAUGUAAUCUAAGACCCUGUUCUUUUGGACUUAAUUGCAGUUCCAUUCAGUUCAGCCAAACAAAGUUCAAAAGAACACGCCUAAGUGCAAUUAUAUAUGUUCAUAUGAUAUUUUUUUUUUCAACUAAGGAAUGUUGGAUUUCCACCGUCCCUACGGAAUGUUGGAUUUGGUGUUCGGUUGAGACGUGUAGGAGGAAAGAGUUGGUUGCAUACUCCCGCGAUCUGGCUCGUGGGCUUGUUCAUUUGCUCGAGUAUGAGUUAUAGGAAUGUGCAAAGGCAUGACAAGAUAUCAAAAAUUGAAAAAUAUUGUAUACUGAUGGUGUACUGUUGUGGCACUUUCAUUCUCCUGCCGU